CUCUGCCGGUGAGGACGCGCCGCGGACCCCGAGCUCCAGUCGCAGAGGCGCCACCCCGCAGUGCCGCUGAGCGCCGCGCGCGUCCGCAGUCUCGUCGCGCCCGACCCGAGCUGUUCGGCCAGCGCGCCGCGGGAGCUGCAGUGGUAGUAGUACUUAGGGUGACAGUCUGCUGCACUACAGGGGAAUACGACAUAGUGCACGGACGAGCACCGCACGGCAGGGCGAGCGAGCGACGUGGAGGAUGCUGCUGUCUCCGAUUCGCGUCGCCAGAGCGCAGCACCGGCGGGAACACGUUCUGCUGAGAUGUUCUGGUCGGGGUCGGGUCUCCUGAUCGCCUGGUGAAACGCAGGAUGACGGGAUAGCGAUGGCGGCUGCCCGCUGGCCGCUGCUGCCGCUGCUGCUGCUGUUGCUGCUGCUGACGGCCGGAGUGUCCCCCGAGACCUUCGGCGCCCCCUGCGGCGGCACCCUGGUGGGCCAGGACUCGGGCGUGCUGCAGACGCCGGGCUUCCCCGGGCCCUACCCGGUGCCGCUGCGCUGCGCCUGGGUGCUGGACGCUUCGCACCGCCAGGAGCCCAGCAUCGCCCUGUACCUCACGCAGCUCUACCUGCUGUCCGGGCUCACCAUCACGCAGUACGCUUACUACGAGCGGGAGGACUUCCACAUGGGGGAGCAAGAGCUGCUGGCGGUCUCGGAGCAGAACGCGCUCGACUCGCGCGUGGUGGUGGCGCACUCCCCUUACCUGGUGGUGCGGUUGACGGCGCAGCGGCUCGAAGGCAACCAGCUGCGCGCGCUGCCGCACCUGCUCACCGUGUUCGGCUUCAACAUCACCUGGGAAGCGCGAGACGGCUCGCCCAAGCCCUGGCACGCCUGCUCCGUGGCCGACUGCUCGCUGGCGGGCGCGUGCCUCGCCGCUUCAGACUUUAAGAGUUUUGGCUGCCACUGUUUCGAGGGGCACCACGGUGAAGACUGCGGCCGUGGUCCUGGUUGCAGCGAGUCCAACAAUCCGUGUCGGAAUGGGGCUACCUGUCGUCACACUGGAUGGCACCCGGAGCCACGCUGCCUCUGCCGGCCAGGCUACGCGGGACCGCACUGCGAGACCAGGCUGCAAGCGGGCAACGCAGACUGCCCCGCCCCUGCUAGUGCGCCCUGCACGGACUGCGCGACAGGAGAAAAAUCGCGCUUCACCAUCACUGUGCGUCUGACAGGAAACUCGACGGUCAGCGGGCUCAGCAGACAUCAGCUGGAGCGACAGGUAAGAGAGAAUGGGCGACGCUGCUAAGGGAGGCGACGUGUAGAGCCGUUCCCUUUCCUCCCUCAUACAGCCAUUUUUCGAAACCCGAUCCCAGGCAGCCUGU